AUGCUGCUGUUGUUCUCCUUGCUCGUGGCUCUGGCAGCAUCAGUUGCAGGCAUACAGGGAAGUUCAGAAAACAUUCUCUACAGCAAUCUGCCUGGAACCUCGGAAGGUCUACCUGGUAUUCAUGCCUCCUUUGACUAUGUAGUGGUUGGUGGUGGUACCGCAGGCGUGACGAUCGCAGCGCGCCUAGCUGAGAACAAGUUUCGCGUGGCGCUGAUAGAAGCAGGGGACUUCUAUGAGGUCAAAUAUCCGAUUUCAAAAAUUCCUGGGGCCUGCAGUCUUGGGGUUGGAUCGGACCCAAAGUCGACGUUGCCAGUGGACUGGAAGUUUGUGGCGAAGAGUGUUCCUGGUGCCAACUAUCGUGACAUUCACUAUCCCAGAGGAAAAUGCCUGGGUGGAUCGUCGGCGUUGAACUUUAUGAUAUACCAAAGACCGACUGUCGAUUCGAUGCAGCUCUGGGCUGACCUCAUCCAUGAUCAGAGCUAUACUUUCGACAAAGUCCUUCCUUAUUUCAAGAAAACAGUCCAUUUCACUUCUCCGCGUGACAAGCUUCGUUUUGCCAAUGCCACGGCGCGAUUUAACGAGAAUGCAUUUGACAACAAUGGCCAGCCGCUUCAAGUAUCCUAUCCUAACUAUGCCAUGUCCUUUUCUAGCUGGGUGAAACAAGGAUUGGAGACUAUUGGAAUUAAAGAGACACAAGAUUUCAACAGUGGAUCGUUGAUUGGCUCCCAAUAUUGCGCCUUCACUAUUCGGCCUUCUGAUGAGAGGAGAAGUAGCUCAGAAGCUGCCUUUUUCAGGACCUUUUCAUCAAUAAAACGAUUAAAAACCCUGAGAGUUUAUAAGAACACCCUGGCUAAACGGAUUCUAUUUGACUCUCGGAAACGAGCAACAGGGGUAGAAGUUAAGACUGGUUUUCUGAAAUACGCGUUGAACGCCAAACGAGAGGUCAUAGUCUCUGCAGGUGCCUUUCAGUCCCCUCAGCUCCUGAUGGUAUCAGGUAUUGGCCCGGUUGACGUUUUAGAAGAACAUGGAAUCAAAGUCAUCUCUAACCUUCCAGGGGUUGGCCAGAACAUGUGGGAUCAUCCUUUUUUUGGGCCAACAUAUCAGGUGGCUCUAGAAACAUAUACUAAAAUGGCUACGGACACUGUUUACCUCGCAAGACAGCUGUCCAAGUACGCAACUUUUCAUAAAGGACCACUGACAAACCCUGUCGCGGACUACUUAGCUUUUGAAAAGAUCCCCAAAGAUUUUCGGUCUGGAUUUUCUCCCCAGAUGGAGAAUGACCUUUCCUGGUUUCCUGGUGACUGGCCCGAGGUGGAGUAUCUCUCCGCGGCAGUUUAUGUGGGCAACUUCUCUAACCCUUUCGCCAUACAACCAAAAGGUGGUGGUCAGUACGCAACCAUCUUGGGAACUUUGGUUGCACCCACAUCUCGUGGAAAUGUCACAAUCACCUCGGCCGACACAGCGGAUCUUCCAGUUAUCAAUCCUAACUGGCUUUCUACUGAAACCGACCAGCAGGUGGCAAUAGCUACGUAUAAACGCAUCCGAGAUGCCUUUCACAGUGACUCGAUGGCACCUAUUAUUGUCGGUGAUGAAUACUUCCCGGGGUCUAAGUAUAAGACGGAUGUUGAGAUUCUCGAAGUAAUUCGAAAUAGCGUGAUGACAAUUUUUCACGCAGCUUGUACAUGCAAAAUGGGCAUUAGUAGUGACAAUAUGGCCGUGCUUGACAGCAAGGCCCGAGUAUUUGGCGUUGGCAAACUGAGGGUCGUGGAUGCCAGUGCAUUCCCGAUUCUGACCCCUGGGCACCCUCAAUCAACAGUUUAUAUGCUUGCAGAGAAAAUUGCCUCGAAUAUAGUCAAUAAUUCUGACUGAGUUCUGUUGAGUCGUAUUCAUGCGAUAUGCUUUGCAAAAAAACUUGAUAUGGAUUUAAUAUGCAUAAGAUACGAGAAAUGAGUAUAUAUACAAGUCCAUAGAGAAGCCAAAAAGCCUAACUCAAAAUUAAGUACCAUUUGAAGAAUCAACAAGACCUCCUGUUUGUUCGUAAAAAAUCAGUUCCCAUCGUCAGUGCAGUAAGAAUAUCGUUCAUUAACCAUGUCAAACCAAUCACAGAGCUGCACG